UUGAACCAACCUUUGUUCAAAUUUUUUCUCCAAAAUGAACCUCCUUAAACCCUACCGGAAAAGUCUUAAAUUCUCCACACUCACCACCUUACCACCACCGGAUCUCCACCUCAUCGGAAAAGCCACCGCAAUUUUAAAACGCCACCACUUACACAACCUAAACCCCUUAUCUUCCCAAUUUACACCUCAAUCAGCUUCUUAUUUACUCCAACAAUCCCAAUUUGAUAAACCCCUUGUUACAUCUUUCAUCAAUUGGGCUCGAAACCGACAUUUCUUCGAUAUCCGAUGCAAAUGCAUAUCAAUUCAUAUCCUCACAAGGUUCAAACUUUACAAAGAUGCUCAAAUUGUUGCAGAAGAUGUAGCACUCAACACCCCAGAUGAUAAAGAUGGAAUCUUGGUUUUCGGGUUAGUUAAAGAUACGUAUUCGGGUUGUCAUUCGAGCUCUGCGGUUAUUGAUUUGUUGAUAAAGUCUUAUUCUAGUUUGAAGUUAGUUAAAAGGGGUUUAAAUACUAUUCAUUUAGCUCAGUCUCAUGGUUUUAUGCCUGGUGUAUUGUCGUAUAAUUCAGUUCUUGAUGCGAUAAUUAGGUUGAAUGAACCAAUGAAAUUAGCCGAGAAAAUGUAUUUUGAUAUGAUUAAAUGUGGGGUUUCUCCGAAUGUGUUUACUUUUAAUAUUUUGAUGCGUGGAUUUUUCGGGGUUGGGGAUUUGAAAAAGGGGUUGGGAUUUUUUGAUGAGAUGCAGAAAAAUGGUUGCUUGCCGAAUGUUGUUACUUAUAAUACGUUAAUAGAUGCUUAUUGUAAGUCGAGGAGGCUUGAUGAUGCGUUUAAAGUGUUUAAGACGAUGAGUGUGAAGGCUUUGGAGCCGAAUGUGAUUACUUAUAAUGUUAUACUUAAUGGGUUGGGUCGAGAAGGGAGGAUGAAAGAAACGAGUGAGAUUCUUGAAGAUAUGAAACGUAAGAGAAUAGUUCCAGAUGAGGUGACUUAUAAUACGCUUGUGAAUGGGUAUUGUAAAGAAGGGAACUUUCAUCAAGCGCUUGUUUUGCACGAUGAAAUGACGAGUAAUGGGUUGUCUCCAAAUGUUAUUACUUAUACUUCUUUGAUUAAUAGCAUGUGUAAAGCUCGGAAUUUAAACCGGGCGAUGGAAUUAUUAAAUCAGAUGCGUGUAAGAAAGUUGUUUCCAAAUGCUAGAACGUAUACGACGUUGAUUGAUGGAUUUUCACAACAGGGAUUCAUGGAUGAAGCUUAUAAGUUGUUGGAUGAAAUGAAAAAGAACGGUUUUUCUCCAUCUAUUGUGACUUAUAAUGCUUUGAUUCAUGGACACUUUGUAGACGGAGAUAUAGACAAUGCUUUGGUAGUCUUUGAUCAAAUUAGUGAAGCUGGGUUAGCUCCAGAUGUUGUCAGUUAUAGUACUAUCGUCACUGGUUUUUGUAGAAAUCAAGAUCUAGAUAAGGCCUUUGAAGUGAAACGCCAAAUGGUCAAAAAAGGCGUUUUCCCUGAUGCUGUUACAUAUUCAUCACUGAUUAAAGGUCUUUGUGAUCAAAGGAACCUGACCGAAGCUUGUGAUGUUUUCCAAGAAAUGUUAAGAAUAGGUUUACUGCCUGAUGAAUGCACAUACACGGCAUUGAUAAAUGCUUAUUGUGUAGAAGGAGAUACAAAAAGUGCAUUAGAUUUGCAUGACGAAAUGCUGAAUAAAGGCUUGCUCCCUGAUGUUGUCACAUACAGUGUAUUGAUUAAUGGGCUUAGCAAACAAGCACGAACCCAUGAAGCAAAGCAGAUUCUUUUCAAGUUGUAUUAUGACAAUGCGGUUCCAGAUGACGUCACUUAUAAUACGUUAAUAGAGAACUGUAGCAACAUGGAAAUGAAAAGUGUGGUAGCUCUUAUAAAAGGCUUCUGUAUGAAAGGUUUAAUGAACGAAGCAGAUAAAGUUUUUGAUAAAAUGCUUCAACGAAGGCAAGCUCCUACCGAAGCUGUUUAUAAUGUUAUGAUUCAUGGCCAUUGUAAAGGUGGGAACUUGAGGAAAUCUUUUAACUUUUAUAAAAAGAUGUUAAAUCAUGGAUUUAUUCCUCACACGGCAACAAUUAUUGCUCUAGUAAAAGAACUUAUAAGAGGUGAAAUGACCGCAGAGUCGAGUGAAGUCAUAGAAAAUGUAUUAAGAAGUUGUAAGCUUACUGAUGCUGAGCUUGCAAAAGCUCUUGUUGAGAUAAACCAUAAACAGGGAAACAUGGAUGCAGUGUUCAAGAUUCUUUCGGAAAUGGCUAAGGAUGGGCUUCUUCCAAAUAGUGGGAGAACUGCUUACGCUCAAUGAUCAUGAACCAUCUUUUCUAAUACAGAAUGCUUAAUGUAAGAUCUAUAAUGCAUUUUAAGUCAUAGUUUUUCCCAUUGUAGGACCUGCAAUUCGCUUAUGUACAGUUACAUCUAAGGUUUUCUUAUGUUAGGAUAUACAAAAUAUUGAGCAUCUAUGUAUAGCCAUUAAUUUUUGUUUAUAUAUCUAAGUUUACCUUUUAAUAUC